GUUCGGCUUAGUUCGGUUCAAUUCGGCACUGCUCUUCUUAACAGCACAUAGCGAAUGGAUCGGUAUAAGAUAGUAACAGAAAAGUGCAGGUUGGCGUUUCUCAUAAGUCUCAAAUCAAAUUAUCCAUUUUAGUUAAAAGUUUCUUCAAUCGAUGCUAUUUUAAUGCCUUAAAAUAUGAUACAUCUUAUGAAAUUUAUUUUGUGCUUUUAUGUCGUUUUAUGCGCAUUAAGCACUAAAGCCGAUGACAAUCAAGUUCCAUUAACCAAACUUGGCACGAAAUCAGGAUCGACGUUAAAAUUCUUUUAUUGCUACUCUUGUGGAUACAGGAAAGCAUAUGAAGACUAUGUUGGUAUUCUUCGACAAAAAUAUCCAGAAUUACAAAUUGAUGGAGAGAAUUACAAUCCCUCUGCAAAUAUUAUGCUUAUCGUUAAAUUACUAAGUUUAGUUAAAAUUCUACUAAUAGUUCUAGUAGUAAGUGGAUUUGAUUUUGGACGACCACUGCCGUCUUUUUGGCAAUGGUGUAUGGACAAUCGGUUUUAUUCUUGUACAACAAUAUUUUUUGUUUUUAAUAUGGUAGAAGGACAACUCAUAUCGUCAGGAGCUUUUGAAAUACAUUUCAAUGAUGUUCCUGUGUGGUCAAAGCUGGAAACUGGUAGAAUACCACAGCCAUUUGAACUUUUCCAAAUAAUAGAUACUCACUUAAAUAUGCAAUAUGCGGAUAUGGAUAUAGGAUAGAUUAAUGUUAUCGAAAAAUUCAGUUGCAUUUUUAUUUGUACCAAAUGUUAAUUACUAUGAUUAUUAAGCAUACGUCUCUGCAACUCUUCGAUAAUUAAGAAAAAUACUGUCAUUUUUAUUUCUUGUAUAUGCGUUUCAUUAAGAAUAAUGCUAUAGGUGUCUAAA